AAGAAAUGUCAGCGAUUGGAAGUUUUGAAGGUUUUCAUCCUGUACCUCUGAAACAAGAGGAAGAAGACCAACCCUCCGAGACUGAUCACCUGUCCUUGGAGGAAGGAAACCCAGGCAAAGACUCAGCACCAAGGCAGAUGUCAAGGCAACCAAGUGUGACUAAAUCAACACUCUGCCCCAAUCCUUAUCACAGAUCUUAUGUAUCACGGAAGUACUUUGUUACACGGCCGGGGGCCAUUGACACUGCCUUGGAAGAUUUGAAAAGCCAUGUAACAGACACUUCUGGAGAGACCAUUCAAGGCUCCUGGCUCUUAACUGAGAUAGACCACUGGAACAAUGAGAAGGAGAAAAUUGUGCUGGUCACAGACAAGACUCUCUUCAUCUGCAAAUAUGAUUUCAUCAUGCUUAGCUGUGUGCAGCUGCAGCGGAUCCCCCUGAGUGCUGUCUAUUGCAUCUGCCUGGGCAAGUUUGUGUUCCCUGGGAUGUCACUGGACAAGAGACAGGGAGAAGGUCUUAGGAUCUCCUGGGGGAGUGUGAAGGAGCAAUCCCUGUUGUCCCGCUGGAAUCCGUGGUCCACUGAAGUUCCUUAUGCUACUUUCGUUGAGCAUCCUAUGAAAUACAGCAAUGAGAAGUUUCUAGAAAUCUGCAAGUUGUCUGGGUUUACGUCUAAACUUGUUCCAGCUAUCCAGAAAGCCCACAAGAAUUCCACAGGACCUGAAAGCAAAAAGGAACUUAUGGUGUUAACUGAACCCAUUUUGAUUGAGACCUACACAGGGUUGAUGUCAUUCAUUGGAAACCGCAACAAACUUGGCUAUUCCCUUGCCCGUGGGAGUAUUGGUUUUUGAGAUUCUUUUUGGUGUAUAAGUACACCAUACAUAGAUAUGUCAUUAUUAAUGAUUCCAUCUUAGUCUACUAUAUUUUUGGACUG